AAAAAAAAAAAAAAAAAAGGACUGUCAGACAAUGACACCAAGAUGCUUGCUUUAGAGGCAUCAGGAGCAGCAGAGGAGAAGUUUUGUCAUUUUGUCAUUAAUGACAUUUUCUGGAUUGGAUGUAAAAUGCAAAAACUAAAGAGAGAUGGCUGUAGGUCUGUGACAGCAGCAGGUUCCAGAAGGUGUGAGAAAAGGAAGGUAAAUAUGAAUGGUGUUCUGAGACAAACCUGAGUUGUCCUGAAGGGAUGGUUAAUUACUUGCACAGCUCAGAACGAGCUUAUGUUCCACUAGAGGAGAUAUUUCAAAGUCACAGGAGCUGUGCUGGUUCUUCGAUCACGUUGUGUCGUGAUUCACACAAUAUAUAGUGACACAGGGUUGUCACUGCCUCACCACUGCCAUACUGGAGUGGUACUGGACUAUAUUUGUACUCUUGAGUUAUGCCUGUUACUGUUUCAGCUUGUGUCAUCACCCGGCACAGACAGGGUGAGGCAUGCCUGUUAUUUGGGGAGGAAAAUGCUGUGUCUGCAGUUACUGUAAAUGCUGUAACAUCUCCCACUGCCAUUGCUUCUUGCUCAUGUUUGUGAUGCUCAUUGUAUGAAAGCAUUGGGGUGCUGGUGGAAUUUUGGGUGACUAUUGGGUGAUGUUCCAUAACUGACUUAUCUUUCAACUUUCAGAAAAGAAAGAACUUAAAAAAAAAAUGAAUUACAUAUGAGCCACGUCUCUUAUAUUUUAUAGUGGAGAUAAUAUAGUUGUGACAUACAUAACAUGCAAAUUUAACAUGAGUUUAAGCAAGCUGUUUGGAUUACUGUUUUACUAAACCUCUACGUGGAUUUUUAUUACAAAAUGUAGCCUACUUUCUGGAUACUGAGAAAAAACUGAGUUUAUCCUAUCACAAUGCCUUUUAUCUUUAAUUAUCUUUUUUUCUUUUAGGAUUUCUGCAAUCGAGUUUCAAUUUCUGUUACAUAGAUUCUUAUGCUAAUUGCUUGAACACAGCAGAGCUUCCCAUUGAGAGAUGAAUGUUAGUUCCCAGUUUUGUCUUUUAAAGACCUUGCCUGAACCCUUCAGUCUCCUUUGUACUCAAGUUGUACGUUGUCUGUUCCAAAAUGACUCUGCAGGAGUGAGUCAGCAUCUUCCUUCAGACCUUCAGUAUCUGCUGGUGGGGAAGCCAUGUUGCUGAAGCUCACCUUGUCUUCUGGAAGCAGAAACACAAUGAACAGAUGAAUCCCUUCAGCCAGAUAUUACUCCAGUAGGUCUCCUUCUCCUCAUGGAGCACACAGGCAGGGAGGAGAUGGACUUGAAAGAGGAAAGUCCUCAGGUGUGGACUGAGUCUGCAGGACAGGAACAGAACACUGCUCAGGUGCACUUUGUCCCCGAGGCGGGGGCAGUGGCCCAGAUCAUGUACAGUGAUGAGCAGGAGCGCGGCCCUGCACAGCAAGUGGUUUACACGGCUGACGGCACCUCCUACACCUCUGUGGACACCUCGGAGCACACCCUCGUUUACAUCCACCCCGUGGAAGCUACGCAGGCACGUGUGGUUCUGAGCCCACCCUGGUUUUGGCACCUAGAAAACACAACAGUCUUGUUUGGGAUGAAGGCCAGUUACCAGCCAAGUGGUAUGACUGGAAAAUAACAGGCAGUUGCUCCUAGCAGUUUUCUCUGCCCACUGCUGAGCAGGGACUUCAUGCUGUUCAUUUGUCUGAUGUGCAAAUCUGCUUAUCAAAGGAUGGUGAGGCUAUGAAUUAUGAAAUGCUGGUUACUUCACUGAAGAUGGAUGAGAUUAUAAUUCACUCAAAAGUGUUUUCCAGAACAAGGAUAAUCUCACCAGAAGUUCUGCCUGUUGUAUCCAGUAAAAAGCUAAGAGCCAUCUAUGUUCCUUCUGGAAGAGUCUUUGUUUUGUGUAGUACAGUUGUCAUAAUUGGUAGUUACAAUAACAGUCGUGUCUUUUUGCAGAGCAUCUCUGUUUAUUCAACGUAAUUUUGUGGUCUCUGCAGAGUUGCUGAUUUUAUAGACCUUUUAUAUUCAUUUUCUUCUGCAUAAUUAUAUCAAGUAGCCUUUAUUCCCUUGCAGCAUAUGUUUAUAUGGGGUCAAUACGCUAUGCAUCUUUGCCUCUGUGUGGACAGAUUAAAAAGGAAUAGGCUCGCUUUGUCCAGAGUGUUUUAUAAUAUCUUUGCUGACAGGGCAGAUUAGCUGUGCUGCAAAGUGCACAUACCUGGCACCCUCGUCACGCUGGCAGGGUCUCAUGUGGCACAUUGUGUCUUGUGCACCUCUCAGCUGUCCCAGAAAACCAGCUUCUAUGUGAAGGGAUGUCCUGAGAGGAUGUCUCCCAGGAAGUUACUGACCAACUAACUCCAAAACUCUGAAUGCUGUCAUUGUGUCAAAAUGUGUAGUAUUCAGACACUCUUCUGCAUCUAAGAUGAAAUUAUCACAGUGCUAAAGGAAUUUGUAUUAUAUCAUGCUUUAUUUUAUUGUAGCCAGGCUGCUGCAAGCUCAGAUAUUUCAAGUUUUGGCUUAGUAAGGCUGGCCUCAGUCAAUCCUUAGUCUUGCUUUUCCUGGGAUUCUGUCAGGGCUGUUCUUGCAGAAUAUUGAAAUUGGCAUGGCUUCUAUGAAAUUAAACAGCAUCCUGGCCAUAUCAAAGUCCUGUAUAGGAUGUGCAUGAGAGUUCCUCAAAAGAAAGCAUGCAGCAGUCUUGUGAAUUUUCAGGAAGAAAAAGCUCGCAGUUACCUUCUGUCUUGCUUUUAAGUGUUACACAUUAAGGGGAUAGAGCUAUUGAAUUUCAUCCUGUAGAUUUUAUCAAAUCAACAACUGACAAAGUGAUUUUGGUAAAUAAAAAAAAUAAAACUCAUUAAACACUUUAGCUGUACAGAUGCAAAGUGCCACAUAAAUAUAUUAACUCUUUAUGGAGCAUUACUUAAAUUUUAAUUUCUAUGUAUGUAGGUUUACUUGGGUAAAUUGAAGUAGUUUGCUGUGGUAACAGGCAGGUUAGAAGCUGACAAAGGCUCAAAUGUGGGUUGUUUCAUAGUGGCAGGGUAACUUUUGUGUGAGUUGGGAGUAAAAACCCCUAUGGCUGGUUUGAUAAGGCUUUUUCACUCUGUCUAGACUCUGUUUACAGAUCCGUCCCAAGUGGCUUACGUCCAACAGGAUGCUACCACCCAGCAGGCAUCAUUACCGGUGCAUAACCAGGUGUUACCUCCUAUGGAGGCUGUGGAUGGUUCUGAUCCUUUAGCACCUCUGCAGAAUCAAAUGGAAAGGAUAGAAACAAAAGAGGAAGAUGAUGAGGAUGAAGAUGAGGAUGAAGAUGGGGAAGACACUGACAUGGAUGAGUGGGAUCCAGAUCCACCUCGACCCUUUGAUCCCAAUGAUUUGUGGUGUGAAGAGUGUAAUAACGCACAUCCCUCAGUGUGUCCAAAACAUGGACCUUUGCAUCCCAUCCCAAACCGGCCUGUGCUGACCAGGGCGAGAGCCAGCCUUCCCCUGGUGCUCUAUAUAGACAGGUUUUUGGGAGGUGUGUUCUCCAAAAGGCGCAUCCCAAAGCGUACACAGUUUGGGCCUGUGGAAGGACCCCUGGUCAGACAGACUGAGCUCAAAGACUGCUAUAUCCAUUUGAAGGUUUCUCUUGAUAAGGGUGACCGAAAGGACAGAGACUUGCAAGAGGACUUGUGGUUUGAACUUUCCAGUGAGGCUCUGUGUAACUGGAUGAUGUUUGUGCGUCCAGCUCAAAAUCACCUGGAGCAGAACCUGGUGGCCUAUCAGUAUGGCCACCACAUUUAUUACACCACCAUUAAAAAUGUGGAGCCCAAGCAGGAACUCAAGGUGUGGUAUGCUGCCUCCUAUGCCGAGUUUGUGAACCAGAAGAUCCAUGACAUAACUGAGGAGGAAAGGAAGGUGCUCAGGGAGCAGGAAAAGAACUGGCCGUGUUACGAGUGCAAUCGGCGUUUCAUGAGCUCGGAGCAGCUCCAGCAGCACCUCAACUCCCAUGAUGAGAAGCUGGACUUCUUCAGCAGAACCAGAGGCCGAGGUCGUGGGCGAGGAAAGAGGAGAUUCGGACCAGGCAGACGCCCUGGGCGCCCUCCCAAAUUUAUGCGCAUAGAACUAACUAGUGAAAAUGGUGAAAAGUGUGAAGAAGGAACACAGGACUUGCUGCAUUUUUCCAGCAAGGAGCAGUUUGAUGAGGCCGGACAAGCCCCACUGAAUGGGCUGGAGCAGCAGGAACAGACUCCGGUGCCAACAGAGCCACAGGCAGCACUGGAGCAGCAGGAAAACCACGUGCUCCAUGUACAGCCACAGCACGAGGGGAACACAGUGUCCACACAGAGCACCGUGACAGCAGAUGACAUGAGGCGAGCAAAGCGCAUCAGGCUGGAGCUGCAGAAUGCAGCUCUGCAGCACCUGUUCAUCCGGAAAUCCUUCCGCCCAUUCAAAUGCCUGCAGUGUGGGAAGGCCUUCCGGGAGAAGGACAAGCUGGACCAGCACCUGCGGUUCCAUGGACGAGAAGGGAACUGCCCUUUGACCUGUGACAUCUGCAACAAGGGCUUCAUCAACAGCGGUGCCCUCGAGAGCCACAUGAAGUUCCACAUGGACCAGAAAACGUACUCCUGCAUUUUCUGCCCUGAGUCCUUUGACCGCCUGGAUCUCCUUAAGGAUCACGUGGCCAUCCAUGUCAAUGAUGGCUUUUUCACCUGCCCCACCUGCAAGAAACGCUUCCCAGAUUUUAUCCAGGUUAAGAAACAUGUGCGCAGUUUCCAUUCUGAGAAGAUUUACCAGUGUACAGAGUGUGACAAGGCUUUCUGCCGCCCCGACAAGCUGCGACUCCACAUGCUGCGGCACUCGGACCGCAAAGACUUCCUGUGCUCCACCUGUGGCAAGCAGUUCAAGAGGAAGGACAAGCUGCGAGAGCACAUGCAGAGGAUGCAUAACCCAGAGAGGGAGGCCAAGAAGGCUGAUCGGAUCAGCCGCUCCAAAACCUUCAAGCCCCGGAUUGCGUCCACUGACUAUGAGAGCUUCAUGUUCAAGUGCCGCCUCUGCAUGAUGGGCUUCCGCCGCAGGGGCAUGUUGGUGAAUCAUUUAUCAAAGAGACAUCCAGACAUGAAAAUAGAAGAGGUGCCAGAGCUCACGUUGCCUAUCAUAAAACCCAACAGAGAUUACUUCUGUCAAUACUGCGAUAAGGUGUACAAGAGUGCCAGCAAACGCAAAGCACACAUCCUGAAAAACCAUCCUGGUGCUGAGCUACCUCCAAGCAUCCGAAAACUGCGUCCUGCGGGACCAGGAGAGCCAGAUCCUAUGCUAAGCACCCACACACAGCUGACAGGCACCAUUGCCACCCCUCCAGUGUGCUGCCCUCACUGUUCCAAGCAAUACAGCAGUAAGACAAAGAUGGUGCAGCACAUCCGCAAGAAGCACCCAGAGUUUGCUCAGCUGCCAAACACGAUCCAUGCGCCACUGGCGACAGCCGUCAUCAGUUCCACGCCAGCUGUUCUCACCACUGACAGCACGACUGGAGAAACUGUUGUGACAACAGAUUUACUGACCCAAGCAAUGACAGAGAUAUCCCAGACCCUCACUACAGAUUACCGGACUCCCCACGGAGAUUACCAGCGCAUCCAGUACAUCCCUGUGUCUCAAUCCACAACUGGCCUGCAGCAGCCUCAGCACAUACAGCUGCAGGUUGUUCAAGUGGCCCAGGCUACCUCACCUCACCAGUCCCAGCACUCCACAGUGGAUGUUGGGCAGCUCCAUGACCCCCAGACAUACACCCAACAUGCCAUCCAGGUGCAGCACAUCCAGGUCACAGAGCCAUCACCAGCAACUCAGUCAUCAUCACAGGCUGGGGGUCAGCCUUUGAGUCCCUCCUCGCAACAACCUCAGCAGGAGCUCAGCCCCUCACAGAUGCAGUCAACUACAUCGACACCAAACCAAGCCCUCCAGCAGCAGCAGCAAGGCUCCUCAGUCCAGCACACAUAUCUCCCCAGCAACUGGAACUCGUUUCGAAGCUACUCAUCAGAGAUUCAGAUGAUGACCAUCCCCCAAGGGCAGUACGUGAUCACAGAAACUGCUGUGGGUACCCCGGUCACCACUGUCAACACAGGGCAAGUAAAAGCAGUUACUCAGACUCACUACGUGAUAUCUGAAGGUCAGCCUGAUCUGGAUGGUAAACAAAACUCUUCACUCUCCAGUGAGGUCCAGGUGGGCGUUUCCCAGCCCACAGCCCACACAGAUCCCUUGGAAUCCCAGACGAGCAACCAGCAGCAAACCACCCAGUACAUCAUCACAACCACCACCAACGGGAGUGGCGGGAGUGAAGUGCACAUCUCCAAACCCAGGACUUUCUCAGCAGAGCAUGAGUGAAAGAGCAUAAUGAUGCCUUUUGCUUGUCCUUGUCACCUUCCUGACAGCCCAGAUGUGGGAGUACCCUGGGGCUCUAUAUGUUUUAAUGUAUAUGUUCAUUUACCUUCCACUAAAAUCUUGGAGCUCUU